AUUCGAGGUAUUUUACCCUUAAUAGCAUUCAUUCGCAAAAUACAGAAUUCCCCUGAUGAACUGACACCAAUUCAUUGUGAUCUAGCAAAGUUGUGCCUUGCGGCGAAGUGUUUAAAGCCUGUUGUGCCAUUUCUAGACGUUGAUAUUACAAGUUUACUGUCCAGCUUGGACCCUUUUGUAGAUACAGAACGAUUUUUACUAUACUUUUAUUACGGGGGCAUGGUAUAUGCGGCUAUCAAAAAGUGGGAACUCGCCCUAUUCUAUUUUGAAGUGGUAACUACCACCCCUUGUCAUGUAUUAAGCCGUAUCAUGAUUGAAGCGUAUAAAAAAUAUAUUUUAAUAAGUUUGCUCGUCCGUGGAAAGUAUGUGCCAUUGCCUUCUUAUACUUCACAUUUAGUUAACAAUAAUUUUAAGGCAAUGUUUAAAUCUUACCAUGAUUUUGCCAAUGCAUAUGCAAAGAACGAUGCACCAAAGGUGUUAGAGUCGCUCAAUAAAAACAGAGAAACCAUGAUAGAGGAUUCCAAUUAUGGUCUUGCAAAGCAAUGUAUUCAAUCUUUGACUAGAAGAAAUAUUUUACGACUAACAAAGACAUUCCUGACCUUAUCUCCGGCGGAUAUGGCCGAUCGGGUUCAUUUGGCAAACGCAAAUGAGGCUGAACUUCGUCUACUACGAAUGAUAGAGGAAAAAGAUAUUUUUGCGACGAUUAAUCAGCAAGAUGGUAUGAUCUCCUUCCAUGAUACUCCUCAAGACUUGGGAACAAGUGUAUCAAUGUUGAAAGAUUUAGAAGACAAUAUGGCAAAAUGUAUCAAUCUUGAUGAAAGAAUGCAGCUUAUGAAUCAUUCUUUAGCUGUCGAUAAAUCAUUUAUUCGAAAGGUAAGAGCAUAUAUGUCUACAUGUACAGCAUGUUUUAGAAUGGCUAUUGCCCUAUUAUCACAUUUUCAUGAAAAUUUGAUGUGCAAACGUAAAAAUUUUCUAGACAAUGAGGAAUCACUCUGGAGGCCUUGA